UGAUCGCAAAGGUGAAAGUUCACUGCACUGACCUAAAAAGCAAUUGGUAUUAUCAGGAACUAAUAAUAUUGGUAUUAUUUCAACAUGGUAGAUCUCCAGUCAGUCUCCUACGAAACCAUUGUGGAAGCCUACAGAUACUUCACACAACUUCCAGAGGUCACAUCUGCUAGUAUCAGGGCAGAGGAAAAUGAAAACAUCAUCAGCGUUCAGUCCAUGUGGAGUCAGCGAGACAUUGAUCGGAAGGAAAAAACUUCUUUUGGGAGAACAUAUGUUUUGGAUGCUGCAAAAAAUGUUGUGGUGUCAUGCUCUUCACCACAGGAAAUCAAUAACCAAGUUUGGAAUGUAGCUUCACCGUCUGGAAAAUACAGAGCUAUUCUAAGGAAGCAGAAAGAUAAGAAAGGGGACGAUAAACAAUAUUUGGAGAUUUGGAAUGCUGUUCAGAAAGUGAAAACCAUUAAUGUUGAGGGACUGGAGAAACAUGGAAAAAUCAUUAGUGAUGAUGGGCAUUUCGGAAGUUUCCAGUGGUCACGAGCAGAAGGCCAUGUACUGUAUGUGGCAGAGAAGAAGAGGCCUAAAGCUAGCAGUUUCUUUGAUAGCAAGCCUUUUUCUGAAAGUACUGAAUCUAAGGAAAAAGAAACUGCUAGGGGUGAUGAAUUCCUGUACUACCAAAACUGGGGUGAGCAAAUUACAGAACAGAGCUCAACAGUACUUUGUGUCAUGGAUGUUGAAACAGGCACGGUCAGUGUCCUUGAAAGUGUGCCAGAAAACGUGUCACCUGGCCAGGCUGUGUGGGCACCUGAUGAUGCUGGUGUGGUGUUCAUUGGCUGGAUCCAUGAACCUUAUCGGCUUGGUUUAAAGCACUGUGUACAAAGAAGGAGCUUUGUCUACCAUCUUGAUAUUCAGAAAAAUAAAAUAGAAAAAAUCAGCGAAGAUGGUCGUGCAGUCAGGUUUCCUAGAUUCAGUCCUGAUGAUCGAUGGCUGGUUUACUUAGACACACUUGAUUCAGGACCACACAAUAUGUGCAGCAGACUUAUGAUGUGCGAGUGGGAAAGGAGACAUGAUGGACUCAAGCCUAUUCUUGAUAUUGUCAACAGUGCCAAAGAAGAAGAAUUUCCUGGCCUGUUCACAUGGUCAGUACCUGUGCACACUUGGCUGUCAGACAGCAUUCACCUGGUGCUCAACACUUUCUGGGGGUCUCGGUCAGAGGUUGUUGUGGUCAACACACAAACAAAAAGUGUUGUUAGAGUUCGUCCAGACUUAGCAAGCUGGUCUUCUACUGUUCUGGACAUCCAUGGGAAUCAUGUAGUCAUAGGAUGUUCUUCACCAAAUCAAGCACCAUAUCUUAUCUUUGGAACACUAGUUCCCUCUGACCUUGGUUCCUCCCAGUGGCUUAGGCUGGACAACAAGUCAGAAGUCAUUACUAGCUUUGAAUGGCAGAUCAUUCAACAUUCACCUUCUUCAGAUAGAGUCCACCCUAAAUAUGGAAAUCUGGACUAUGAGAGUAUUUUAUAUUUACCAAAAGGUAGCAGCGUCAACGGCUCAAAACCUCCCCUGAUCCUCUUUCCACAUGGUGGCCCCCACUCUGUAUGUGAUGGUAGUUUUGCCUUUCAGCCAGCUGUCUAUUGCCACUGUGGCUUCGCUGUCCUGUUGGUGAAUUUCCGAGGAUCUCUUGGAUUUGGACAAGACAGUAUUCUGUCUAUACUUGGGAGGAUUGGAGAUCAGGAUGUAAAAGACUGUAAGAGUGCAGCUGAUGAAGUGAUAGAAAAGGGACUGGCAGAUGGUACAAAGGUCGUGGUUUGUGGAGGGUCCCAUGGAGGCUUUCUUGCUACACAUCUAAUUGGUCAAUAUCCAGAUUAUUUCAAGGCUGCUUGUGCCCGAAACCCAGUAACAAACUUGACAUCGAUGGUUGGCACUACAGACAUCAUUUCCUGGGUGUUUACUGAAGUUGGGGAAACAUUUUCGUACGACACUCAAGUUGAUGCUACAAUCUUGAGCAAGAUGUGGGAUGCCUCACCUGUCCGCUGCAUUAAACAGGUAAAAACACCAGUUCUACUUCAGGUGGGUCUUAAGGACUUGCGGGUUCCACCCUCUCAGAGUCUGGAGUAUUGGAAGAUGUUGAAGGCCAAUGGUGUUCCUGUCAGAUGCCUCACAUACCCCGACAGCAACCAUCCACUUUCAGAAGUGGAAGUAGAAGCUGAUGGUCUCAUCAACUCCAUUUUAUGGUUUUGCCAGCAUCUAACUAGUCAGUGACCUGAGACAUUCUUAUCAGCAGUUCCGGCUUUUCAAGCAUCUUGCAUUAUGUUAAACAGACAGCUAAUGUGUGUGUGCAUGUGUUUUUAAUAUAAUAAAGCUAGAAGGUAUAUCAUGAUGAUUUAAAAUAAAGAAGGUGGUGUGUGAGAAACUUAACUGCCCAGAUUGUGUAGUACAGCUUGCAGGCUCGGGUCACUAAAGGCCUGCAUGAAUAAUUUUUUUUUGUUUUUGUUUUUGUUUUAACCACAUGCCUAACUAGGCAUUUAAUCUUGUGUAAAUUAAUUGCUAAGCUGGAAAUCUAAGCAUGCUCUGGCUGUAAGCAUGUUAAACUGUGUCCCUGGAGGGCUUGCAUAUUGACAGAGUACACUGAAUUUUCAAGGGGAAAAUAGUAAUCCAAUAAAUAUUAUUUUACUUUGGUUUCUUUGUCUGGAGAAAUGGCUUAUUUAGGCCAGUGCGAGGUAGCAUCAGAAGACAAUAAGAGACAAAGGAAAUCGCUCUAAAAAUGGAUCAGUUCAUCUUGUUUAUGUAUAUCUAAACAGUUACAGUGUUAAGCAGGGUCAUUACAAUAAUGUUGAGUUCCAAAAAGGACAUGGUAGGAGGAUAUAGGCUAUAUAGUAGAAUCUGAAGCAUAAUCAGACAGCCACUUGUGUUUCCGCAAUAAACAGAGGCAUGUGUCUCGAGAGUUUAUACAAUGAACACUUUUCCACGAUAGUUUUAGCUACUUUUUUGCUGAAACUGCAGUGCUUUUCAGAUAAUUUUUGAUGUUUUUACUGGGUGUAUGUCUUAAGACACUCAUUUGGCAACAAUACUUAAUGACAAACAGACAAAAUAAAAGCCAAUCUCUGGAAUAAAAA